CAAUUCCUCCUGUUUCGAUUACCAACCGGCGUGGAGGAUAUAAAAUAAAUCAAACGAAGCUUCGUAGAUUUGUACAAUACAAUCAGGAUGGCGAAAGUAGUUGAUCUGGAUUAUUUGAAGAGCAUCAGUAUGGUGGAUCUGAUUAAGGAGGAGAACUAUACUGAGUACGAGUACACUGAGGUGAUUUACUGCAAAGGGGCGUCACCAUACAUGAUGGUGGUAGGCACCCACAAGCAGAACAGACACAGGGCAGUCUCGAAUUACAACCACCAAACCUUGUGUAAUGCAAUUGGUCAGCAGUGCCCCUUCAAGAGAGAUAUGCCCGACGCAACAGGCAGAGCAGUGUCCGCUGUCAGUAUUCUCACACCCCAGGGUAUAAGAGAAUUGUCACAGAUAUUAGCUGCGCUGCCCAAGAUCACUCUCUUCGAUAACGAGGGUGGAAUAAAUGUAUCUGUUCUGGUGGCUCUCAUUCGUUGGAUACCUGGGAUGGAGAGUGUCCAUAUGUCAUAUGUUAUAGCUAUGGAUGACGGUGUGCAGAUACAAGACGGAACUGACGCGCUCUUUGCUAUAAUGGCACAAGAGCACAAAGACUACCGGGGUGAAUCCGCAGCCGGGUAUGCUAGACACACGUCAGCUGUCAUGGCAUGUGCUGCCUAUGCUGCAUUGCUCAUGGUUUUUAAGACCAUAAAUGUAAAUGCUGUAAACCAGAUGGAUAUCUUCAUAGAUAUGCGUAUCAGAGCCCUGUGCCACAUCUUAGGUCUUCGGGCUAAGUCGAUCACAUGGGAAAAGAGUAUCAAGCCCUUGUUUAAUGAGGAAGAUCUCAGAAAGUUAAAUAGCGAGCUGGGUUUCUUCCCCCGUCUAAAGAAGGCACUGUUUGUUCCAGUACUAGAUAUGUUUACACCUGAGCUCCAGCACAUGAACCUAAUUUUCCAAGAGACCUCAAUGACAAUAUUCUCCCUGAUUGCGGAGUUUUGGCUGACCAAUGACAUCACUCGAUUGCAUGUCGCACCCUUGGUCCUCGUAGAGCUGCCUAAGUGGCUAAAAGCUGUGAACCAACUGGUAACAACUUAUGGGUCCUCGUGGAAAUUCUACAAACUAAUCGAUCCAAAAGGAACCCUAAUUGCACAGAGUAAUUUUAGAACCCUUGGGUGCGCAGCCCUCUCAUGGAAGCGCUUGAAUACGGUCCAGACGGGUCAGGCUUCACUUGCGCAGCUUCAGGGGGUAAAAGCAAACCCUGAGUUUGAAAAGUUGGCUGCCAUGAAGCUCAAGCCAGAGUUUUUAAGGACCGAUGCUAAGUCCGAUAUGAAUAUCCUGAGAAGGCUCCUGGCAGAUGAGUCUCCUCACGAGAACAUGAACUGGAGCAGAGUCGUGAAAGCAAUCGAGGAAGGAGAGUGGGUAGAGGGCCGAGACUUCUAGAGACCAAUCGCCCCAAUGUUUUUAGCAAGUGCCAAUCAUGUCACAGCGUCUGUGUAGCUUCUCUUAUAUAAAAAAAUGGCUGAGUUAUUAGUAUUUAAAAUCUUACAUAAUUUCGUGACGGUCGCAACAUUUUAGAUUUUCAAUUGACACCCAGUACACGGUGUGUUUCGUAGAAGAAC